CUUGCUCUCCAUCACCUGAGUAUGGCGGAAAACACAGCGUUCUCUUCUUCUGGACAGGACAUCAUCUCCAGACCUGUGGAACUCGACGAGGGAGAGCUUCAGCUUACACAGAACUUGACAAAGGCUCAGCUUGCGGAGUUUUAUGACAUCGACCGGAUAGUAGACGAAAUUCUUUCCAAUCACUUCAAGCGGGUCGCACUUCAAUUCCCAGAUGAACUUUUGCAUGAUUCCGUCCCCAUCUACAGGAUGCUCAAGCGGCGGAUAGAGGACAAGACGGAACUCUACGUUCUAGCGGAUACAUCCUACGGAAGCUGUUGUGCGGAUGAAGUUGCUGCUCAGCACGUCGACGCAGAUGCGAUAGUCCAUUUCGGUCAUGCGUGCAUGAGCAAAACCUAUCGAAUACCAGUGCUAUAUGUCUUUGGGAAGAAAAAGAUAGACGUGCAAGACUGCGCGCAUAAGUUGGUCGAAUCGUUACGAUCGUCUUGUUCAUCUUCAGAUAUUGGACCGAGCUCUAUCAUCCUGCGCCACGAUGUGGCGUACACCCACGCAGCUGCCAAUGUCCUCCAAACUCUGCAAGAAACUCUUACCGUGGACAACAUCUCUGUGUCUUACAACCAAAUUCCUCAUCGUCUUGAUCCUAGCCCCUCAACCUCCACAUCACACUCUCCACUAGAAGAAUCCUCCGACUCUCGACCGAUUCUCUAUGUAGGCCCUCCAAGUCUAGGCCUGACUAACCUCCUUAUGACACAUCACCAAACACCCGUGUACAGCUACGAUCCUUCGACCCGCCAAGUGGGCCUCGAAUCCACACGCACCAACAAACUUCUGAUGCGCCGCUACGUGGCUGUUCAAAAAGCACGCGAUGCCGACGUCUUUGGCAUUCUUGUCGGUACACUUGGCGUCUCUUCCUACCUGCCCCUCAUCACACACCUCCGACAACUCCUCAAGAAGGCUCGCAAGAAGUCGUACACCAUCAGUGUUGGCAAGCUCAAUCCCGCCAAACUGGCCAACUUUAUGGAGGUGGAAUGCUUUGUCUUAGUUGCUUGCCCGGAGAACAGUAUGAUUGAAGCAAAGGAGUUUCUUCAACCCAUCGUAACCCCGUACGAGCUCCAGAUAGCCCUUCAGCCCGAACCUACCUGGACUGGCGAAUACGUCCUGGACUUCGACAAGAUACUAAGCGACUCAAUCCGCCAUACCGACGGCACGGAAUCCGCUACCAUCUCCGACGCCACAAACGAUACGGAAAGUCAGGAGGAUAUCGACCCCGAUCAACCGACCUUCUCUCUCAUGACGGGAAAGUAUAGGCAUGCGAAGCGAUAUGGAGACGCAGAGGAGACUCCUACUCCCGCACAGAUCGACGAAGACCACACCCCCACUUCCGUCAUACUUCGGAAUCACGACAACGCAGUCGCUACGCUCAAAGAUAGCGCCGCAGGUGAAUUCCUACAAGCACGCUCGUUCCGCGGACUGGAAACACGGACGGGUUUGGACGCGCCGAGCAUCUUAGAACAGGGAAGGAGUGGGAUUCCGAAGAAUUAUGCAGAUGAUCAUUAG